AAAUUGUGAAGCAGACAGAAGUUGCAAGUUUGAACCCUUGAUUGCCUCUUUCCCUCGGCCGCAAGAACACACACACUGCGCCUUCCAACGUGAAAUCGUUGCUUUUGCCGGCGCCUCCCUCUGUCUUUCUCUCUCUUUCUCUACGCGCUCUCUCUCACACACACACCAUCACAUAUAUCUACAGAAGCACUCCAUUCAUUCGCUUCUAUCUUCAUUCACUUCACGACGCCGUUUCACGCUUCAGCCGCCGUGGCACGUGCUUUUGCCACACUCCACUUUCUCAAGGAUUACUCGUGCUUUCAUGGAGUUUGAUACUUGUGUUGCCGCUGUUAAUAACAGUGAGAAUCCUGAUUCAGGAACACAACCCAAUAAACGGAAGAGAAAGAAGUCUAUUGUGUGGGAAUAUUUCACAGUGGAAACUGUUGGAGCUGGAUGUACUAGGGCUUACUGUAAACAGUGCAAAAAGUCAUUUUCUUACAUAACUGAUUCAAAACUAGCUGGCACAAGUCAUCUGAAAAGACACAUUUCUCUAGGAAUCUGUCAAGUACUUAGGGAGAAGAAUCAACAAAGCUCAUAUCCCAAAGCUGGGGGUUCUCAGGAUACUACCAAUCCACCCAAGAAACGGCCAAGAGCAACACCAGGGUUUACUGGUAAUGGUAUCUCAUUUGAUCAGGAGCGUUGCAACCAUGAUAUUGCUAAAAUGAUAAUUUUACAUGAUUAUCCUCUCAAUAUUGUGAAACACCAAGGUUUCAUUGAUUUUGCACGGACUCUUCAACCCCAAUUCAAUCAGCUAUGUUUAAAUUCUGUUGAAGGAGAUUGUGUUGCUAUUUACCUCAGACAAAAGCAAAACCUGUUGAAUUUUAUUAAUGGGAUUCCUGGACGAGUUAACCUGGCAUUGGACUUAUGGACUUCGGAUCAGGCAAUGGGCUAUGUUUUUGUUCGAGGACACUUCAUUGAUGGUGAUUGGAACCUACAUCAUCCUAUUCUCAAUGUUGUUACAGUACCAUUUCCUGAUUCGGAUGACUCCUUGAAUCAAACUUUGGUGACCUGCCUAUCUGAUUGGAAUUUGGAGGGUCGGUUGUUUACCCUUGCACUUGAUAAAUCUGUUUCCAGUGAGAAUGUGAUGGGAAAUCUGAGAAGCCUUCUCUCUGUUAAAAACCCUGUGAUCCUCAAUGGUCAGUUGUUAAGCCAGAAUUGUUAUGCUCGUGUUCUUAGUCGCCUUGCAGUGGAUGCACUAUGGGCAAUGAGAGAAACUAUUAGCAAAGUGCGAGAGAGUGUAAAGUAUGUGAAAUCUUCAGAAUCUCAUAAGGAGAAGUUUAUUGAGCUGAAGCAGCAACUACAAGUAUCUAGUACGAUGGACCUUUCAAUUGAUGACCGGUGUAAAUGGGACACAACUUACCAUAUGCUUAUUGCUGCCUGUGAAUUUAAGGAAAUCUUUACUUGCCUUGAUACCACAGAUCCUGAUUACAGAAUGACUCUAACUAUGGGUGACUGGAAGCGAGUGGAAACUCUAUGCACAUAUUUGAAGUAUUUGUAUGAUGCAGCUAAAAUUUUGACUUUACAACCGUACCCAACUUCAAACUUAUUUUUUCCUGAAGUGUCAAAAAUUCAGGUGGAGUUGACAAAUGCAGCUUUCAGCCAGGAUCCUUUCCUUAGCAGUUUGAUUUUGCCUUUGCAUGAGAACUUUGACCAAUAUUGGAGAGAAAGCUGCCUCAUCUUGGCAAUUGCGGUAGCAAUGGACCCAAGGCAUAAAAUGAAACUUGUGGAAAGCACCUUUGCUAAGAUUUUUGGUGAGAAUGCUGAGCCAUGGAUAAGAAUAGUUGAGGAUGGUCUUCGUGAACUAUUCAUUGAAUAUGGCAGCCAAAUGCUUCCUUUUACGACAACAAAUGGCCAUGAGGGGGAUGACAUUAUGAUAAAAGAACCAUGUCAGGAAGGGUCACUUGAUGAUUCGCUUUUUGUUGAUGAAGAUGCACUUUCCGAUUAUGAAUUUUAUAUAUCUGAUUUUACAGAUAACCAACAAUUUAAGUCAGAAUUGGAUGAGUAUCUGGAAGAGCCUUUGCUGCCCAGAGCAAAAGAUUUUGAUAUUCUGAACUGGUGGAGAGUAAAUGGAUUUAAGUACCCGACAUUGUCUAGAAUCGCAUCUGAUAUUUUGUCUAUACCAUUAUCCACUCUAUCUGCAGAUUCUGUUUUUGACACAGAAAUUAGAAAAAUGGAUAGCUACCGGAGUUCUUUAAGCCCCCUUACUCUUGAGGCCCUUAUUUGUGCCAAGGAUUGGUUCCGUUAUGAAUGGCUAUAAAUGUUUCAAUGCAUCUGUGAAAAUGGAAUUUUAGGCAUAGGUUUCUUCAUGUAGGGAUAGAUUCUCGAGUAGAUUUUAGGUAUAUCCAAGUGUUGAAACCAUAUUUCAGGUCAUUUGAUUCGUGUGAUUGUCAGAUUUUUCAUUACAUGUUUAUAGUAUAAAGAUUAAUUCUAUUCAAACUUUUUUUUUUUUUUUUACCAAAAUAACACUUUUGUACCGACAAAACGAUUGUAUUCAUACUUCCAUUGUU